AUGCUGCCUUGGAGACGCAACAAAUUCGUGCUGGUGGAGGACGAGGCCAAGUGCAAGGCGAAGAGCCUGAGUCCGGGACUCGCCUACACGUCGCUACUCUCCAGCUUCCUGCGCUCCUGUCCGGACCUGCUGCCCGACUGGCCGCUGGAGCGCCUGGGCCGCGUGUUUCGCAGCCGGCGCCAGAAAGUGGAGCUCAACAAGGAGGACCCGACCUACACCGUGUGGUACCUGGGCAACGCCGUCACCCUGCACGCCAAGGGCGACGGCUGCACCGACGACGCCGUGGGCAAGAUCUGGGCGCGCUGCGGGCCGGGCGGGGGCACCAAGAUGAAGCUGACGCUGGGGCCGCACGGCAUCCGCAUGCAGCCGUGCGAGCGCGGCGCCUCGGGGGGCUCGGGGAGCUCGGGGGGCUCGGGGGGCCGCCGGCCGGCGCACGCCUACCUGCUGCCGCGCAUCACCUACUGCACCGCGGACGGGCGCCACCCGCGCGUCUUCGCCUGGGUCUACCGCCACCAGGCGCGCCACAAGGCCGUGGUGCUGCGCUGCCACGCCGUGCUGCUGGCGCGGGCGCACAAGGCGCGCGCCCUGGCCCGCCUGCUCCGCCAGACCGCGCUGGCGGCCUUCAGCGACUUCAAGCGCCUGCAGCGCCAGAGCGACGCUCGCCACGUGCGCCAGCAGCACCUCCGCGCCGGGGGCGCCGCCGCCUCGGUGCCCCGCGCCCCGCUGCGCCGGCUGCUCAACGCCAAGUGCGCCUACCGGCCGCCGCCCGCCGAGCGCGGCCGUGGGGCGCCGCGCCUCAGCAGCAUCCAGGAGGAGGACGAGGAGGAGGACGCAGACGCGGAGGAGCGCGAGCGGCCCGAGGUGCUCAGCCUGGCCCGGGAGCUGAGGACGUGCAGCCUGCGGGGCGCCCCGGCGCAGCCGCCGCCCGCGCAGCCCCGCCGCUGGAAGGCCGGCCCCAGGGAGCGGGCGGGCCAGGCGCGCUAAG